UGGUGCAGUAGAUCAAAAUUCGUUAGCUGAUAGGUAUAAUACCUUAAAAUAGCUCUAACAUGUCAUCCAGUGUCGGCAAUGAUAAAUAAAAAGGAUACUUUUAUUAAUGCAGCCAUGAAAAGAUACUCAUAUAAAGAAGAGAAUAAUGAUAAACCAGGACUAUCUAAUAACUCACAUGACAACAGCAUUACAGGAAAAUUCAAAACAGCUGCUAAUUCAACUCCUCAAGCUUUUGGAGGUCCUGUCAGGCUUCCUUACAUUGCUGGUGGAGUUUCUCCACUCUCAAAAGAUACUGAAAUCGGCUCUUUCUCUAAGAUAGGAAGUCAUCAAUACUCAGCUUCCCAAUCGUCAAGCUAUGCCAUUGGAGUUGGAAAGACUUCCUCUUCAAGUAACUUAAAGGCAACCGUAAGUGGAGGGACCUUCACACUUACAGGAGAGCUAAGCCAAGAUAAACGCGAGAGGAUUGAAUAUAAAUGAUCUCCAUCAGGAGGAAUCUCUCAGAUUACCUCUUCAAAACCUCUUCAAGAAAAUGAACCACAACACAACCACUUUUAUCAUAAAUUCAGGCAACAAAAUAAAAGCCAUACAAAUCCUGAGCCAAAGAGACCAUCAGCAAAGAGUCUGACCAAGAACAAAUUUCCUCUCCCAUUUACUGGAAUUGAGUAUCCUUUGAUUGAUGGUGGAGGGAUCACCUCCUCUGGAAGAGAUGGAAUUUAUGCUGACAACAAGCCUUACAUUAAAUCCUCGAAUGAUUUCGAAAAAUCAUGGGUAUACUCCAUGCCUGACAAAUUCAUUUGAGCACCCACAGAACGGCCGGUAUACAAGAAAAAGACUAAAAUGGACUCUAAAAGCAACAAAAUUGUAUAUGACUGACUUAAUUCCUCUCCAUUUUAUACAAGUGCUUAUCAAGCUGCUCACAGCAGUAUGAUUGACCUUAACAGAGAAUAUCUCCUGAGCAAUGAGGCUGGAUUUUCUGACCAAAAAUCUAAAACUACAGGGCUAAAUAUAGAAAAAGACCGCUACUUCUCAUACCUUCUACCCUACUACGCCUUAGAAGAUGAGUAUGACAACACACUUGUCUUUGAAAGCAGGUUUGAAAGCGGAAAUCUGAGGAGAGCUUUCAAAAAGUCUGAUUAUGAAUAUGAAUUAAUGCUUAAAACAGAUUAUAAUACAAACAACUACACUCAAUGGUUUUAUUUUAAAGUUUCUAACACAAAAAGGAAGGUUCCCUACACUUUCAAGAUCAUCAACAUGGUCAAGCCCGAUUCCUUAUAUAAUCAUGGCAUGAAGAUUCUGAGCUACAGUGUGAAGGGAGCUGAUAUUUCAAGUCAAGGUUGGAAAAGAGUAGGGAAGAAGAUUUCUUAUACUCAAAAUAACUUUAAGAGAAAAGGAUCUGGCAAUUACUACACUCUCUCAUUCACAGUCACGUUUGAUUAUGACGAUGAUUCUGUCUAUUUUGCUCACUGAUUUCCUUACACUUACACUGACCUGAAAUACCUUCUAAACGAUAUUUGUACUGAGAAAAUGAGAGGAAAAGUCAGGAAGACUUUCCUGAACCGGACCUUGGCUGGCAAUGAAUUUGAAGGAGUCAUCAUCACCAACUUCUCAUCUGCACCUGAAGACAUCGCUCAGCGGCAAUGAGUCAUUAUCACAGGAAGAGUCCAUCCUGGAGAAAGCAACUCAAGCUUUAUUGUAGAGGGGAUUAUCAAGUUCUUGAUCACUGACGAGCCCACUGCUAAAAGUCUCAGGAAUAUAUUUGUGUUCAAAAUAGUUCCGAUGCUUAAUCCUGAUGGAGUAAUUGUCGGAAAUUAUCGUUGCUCUCUAUCAGGAAAUGAUCUAAACCGCCAAUGGAAAAAUCCUUCUCCAAGGCUUCACCCCGAGAUCCAUUCGCUGAAGGAAAUGUUUGCUAAAACCCUCAAGUGAAGGGAUGUGUUCCUUUACUUAGAUUGACAUGGCCAUUCAAGAAAAUAAGAACUGAUUUAUGUAUGGUUGAAAUGACAAAACAGCUUCUGGGUACAACAAAUAUAAAGAGAAGAUUAUUCCGUUCAUGCUUGGUAGCAAUCAUGAGUCCUUCUCUUUCAAAGACUGAAACUUUGUGAUCCAAAAAGCUCGUGAAGGCACAGCCAGGUAUGUGGUGCAUGACGAGUUUAACGUGGUCAACAGUUUUACGCUGGAGGCAUCCUUCUUUGGACCUGAGAAAGGGCUGUACCAGGACUGUCAUUUCACUCCUUCACAACUCAACGAAAUUGGAAAGAGAUUUUGAUUUACCUUGAAAGAUUACGCAUCGAUCACUGAAAAUCCUCGUAAGGAUCUAAACAAUAAGAAGAUUGUCGGGAUUGGACUGAGAAAUAUUUUAGAAGACAUUGAUCUUUACUUCGGAAAUGGUAAAGAAACCCAAAACUCUUACAUCAAAUUUAUGUCAAAAGGAGAUGAAAGCGACAGUGCUGAUGAUGAGCCUGAAGGCCUCCAGUUCGAGAGAAAACAAAUAGACACUGUAAUCCCAGAGUAUAACCCUAAAUCUUCCCAAGCCAAAAAGAGGAAGAAGAAAAUUGCUUCUUCAAAUCUUGAAGGAAAACUUGGCAGAAUUGCUUUAAAAUCACGUUCAAAAGACACAACAUCCAGAAAGUCCAAAGCAGAUACCAUCAACACUAAAAAGUCUAGGACAGAGAAGGAUCGAGCCAAGGCUAGAGGAAAUAGUCUUCGUGGCACUGGCUUGAACUGGAAAACCAAAAAGUCUAGAUCCAAACAGAGGAACAAGAGUCUUAGAUAAAUUCUUAUUAUAUUCUUCAAUUGG